AUGCACCGGUGCGCUCUGCUGACCUCAUCUAUUUACAGCACCGUCCGAUGCGAAGUAGUUGCUGCUACCACUAUAAAUUCCGCCGUCGCGUCUCAACGGCGUUUUCAGGGUCGUAUUCCAAAUAAAGGUUACCGAGCUCAACCUCCUGUGCCGGACCGACUGAAAGACGCGAUGACACUCUUCGGCGCCGACGCGCACAACGUUACUCCAGAUGACCCCCCUUAUGUUCCAGAGGAACAGCGGAUGCAUAUGACAAAAGAAAUUAUGGUGAGCAAUCAAUUUAUGAGGAAUCACGCGAAACUGGACCGAUUGAGAGCCGCACUGGACACCGUCCACAAUGAGGGGCCUGAUCAUGAGGGUUGGCAGGAAGUGUAUCUUUUCCUUCGUACCACAGAGAUGUGCUGUGAACUGCAGAAGGAUGCGACGGAUGUCUUCCCCAAGGGAAAGAAGUUAUGGAUUAAUCUAGAUGAAUGUGAAGAGAAGCGACUUCCCGUACUGAUGGAAAUGCCGAACGGGAUGCUUGUCCUUCCAGUUUUCUCAAUGGAGGAAUAUCUUGAUCACUACUUUGGUCGGGUAGAUGCAUUUGAGUCGUGCUGGUUUCCAGUACCUCGAAUGGGUACACGCUACGAGGAGUUCUGUAAGCUUCCCUUUCCCGUCACCGCGGUUGGGUCCAUUCACCACCUAAGUGCGCUCGCCACCAUAGCGUUAUCAUCAUCGCAGUUCGGUAUAUUGGUUAACCCCGGACAACGUACUAGCAAGUUCCUUACGUACCCUGAGAUGGUGGAGCUCGCGAAACAAAAGCGUCUGCGCCCCAAAGAUCGCAAUACGGAUUUAAAACGUAAAUCUGGUGAUGUCGUAGAGGAUCUUUAUGAUCGUACUCUUCGCUGCGGGUUUGAUACACGAAAGCUCGUAAUGAGGCGUGUGGAGCCUGCGGAAGCGGCAAAGCUGCUGCUGAGACGCCCAAAGAUACCGCAGGUGGCGCAACUGGAGCUUCACCUCUUGCUAUGUGACUACGAGACCAUAAUUAACGUUUUCGUGCGCACGACGGACCGCCCGCAAUGGCGCCGUGUACUUGGGGCUUCGGAAAAGCUCACCCAAAUCGAUGUCGUUAUUGAAGGAGGUAAACCAAAUCGGGAGAUCUUCGAGCGAAUCAAAAAGUGGUCCUUCAUGGAUGAGUUCCAUUCCGACGUCCACAUUGAAUUCGCUGCCGCACCUCCCACCGCAAGGGAAGGGGAUGGCAUGAUGGUUGUGUACGAUGGCGCCGAUGGAAAACUUUUGCGGUCUAUGAAAUCCUUCAAGGGUGUAACACUUCGCAAAGCUCUCGGUUAUGACGAGCCUCUCCUCGAUUCUCACGGGAGACCCGUGUCCUUCACAUGA